AUGAACCCAGAAAAUCAACAACUGAAUAAUUAUUUUUAUAACCAACAACAAUCACCAUCUUCAUAUUCUAGACAAGUUUUAGUCCCAGCUACUUCAAUUUACGAUUUUUAUUCGUUAUUUAACAUUGGUUCUGGUGCUUUUGCACAAGUUUAUAAAGGUUAUGAAUUGGUUAAAUUGAUGCCAGCAAAGUAUCGGGAAGUUGCACUUAAACGAAUUAAUCUUGCUGCUAUUACUGAUCCGGCUAUUUACAAAACAACAAUAAAUGAAGUUAGAAUUUUUACCAAUUUAAACCAUCAAAAUAUUGUCAAAUGUUUUCGUUCUUUUGAAGAGAUUUCGCGUUAUUCGGAACGUGCAAUUGCCCAUUCUAGCCUUUUACCAGAAAACGAAAUUUGGUUUCUUUUUGGUCAAAUUGCUGGAGCUGUUAAAUAUAUUCAUUUAAAAAGAAUUAUUCAUCGUGAUUUAAAACCUCCAAAUGUUCUUUUGACUGGCCAAGGAAUUGUUAAAUUGGCUGAUUUUGGUCUUUCUCGUUUAAAUUUAGCUGUUGGAUGUCAGGCACAAACAGUUUGUGGUACUCCUUAUUAUAUGUCACCUGAACGAAUUAUUGAGGAACCAUAUACUUUUGCUUCUGAUAUUUGGUCUUUGGGUUGUAUUUUGUAUGAGGUAUUUUUAAAAUAA